AUGCGACGUUUAUAUAUCCAUCAGGCCGCAGCGAAGGCUGGAGCAGAUUCUCGUCGUGAUGUUGAGAGACAUCAGAUAAUCCCCCUGGAGCGCUGCUCCUUGCGCUCCUCCCAUACAUUCUUGCCCGAGCAUGAACACACCAUCUUCUCGUUGUCCCAGACGCCGGCACUGCGAGCUACGACGCCGACGAUGGUGUCUUCGUCGUCGAUGCUGAAGGGGCCCUCGCGCUGCCUCGAUACCACCAUGCUGCGUCCGAUCAUCUCCCACACGGCUAUCGGCCGGUCCAGGAAGACAUUGCCUUUGCCGUUCUCGUCCACGUCCACACUGCCCACAACUCCCCGUGGAUCACUGCCACUGCUGCUGCUGCUACCUUGUUGCUGCUUCUCUUUGAGAUCUUUGACGGCUUCCCAGACUCCACCAGUGGACUCGGGGCCGCGGGAGACGUCUCCUGUCUCACGGAUAGUGGCCCAGUAUCGCCCCGGCGAGAGCCCGUUGAUCGUCAGGUCGAAUAUUGUCAGGCCGCUGGAGACUUGUACCAUGCGUACCAGGCCUCGUAUCUUAUUUGCAACGCUCUCCUUGUGUGUUUCUAGGAUACACACUGAAGCGUCUUUCCUCCUCCCCCCCGUCAGUAUAAGCUGCGACUUGUAUCUUGCCACCUUUGUAGACGUACUAUUUGAUGUCCCACUGCCGCGUAGAAUGGCAUCCCGACCAGUGCUUUGGAUCGCAGCCACGAUGGCAGAGGGCGCAGCGGUGCCUUCAACCACGAUCAACUGA